CCCAGUAAGGCACUUGUGAAAGCAGGCCCAUGUGGUGUACUGAAAAAACCGGGCGACAUAUACUAGCUAGCACUUUAGGAAAAAAAGAAAACUGAAUACAUUUCACAGCUUAAUGUUAUAGUUGACGUUUUCAGGAUGCUAAUAGAAGCAUUGGAAGGGGACGUUACAGUCGUCUGCUGUAAUGCCAUUCCUGCCUCAGUGCAGAUCGAGGUGGAGCCGGUGGGUCGGUGGUUUGAAGCUUAUCUUAAGAGGAGGAACAGGAAUGUAUCUGCCUCCUUCCAGGAGCUAGAGGAAGAGGAGGAACUGUCUGAGGAGUCAGAGGAUGAAGAGCUGCAGCUGGAGGAGUUUCCCCUGCUGAGAACACUGGACCCCAAAGACUGGAAGAAUCAAGAUCACUAUGCUGUCCUUGGACUGGCUCACAUGAGGUACAAGGCAACACAGAAGCAAAUCAAAGCUGCUCACAAAGCGAUGGUGUUGAAACAUCACCCUGACAAAAGGAAAGCAGCCGGGGAGAAGAUUGUAGAAGGAGAUAAUGACUACUUCACCUGUAUAACUAAAGCUAUAGAAAUUCUAUCUGAUCCUGUGAAGCGAAGAGCAUUUGACAGUGUGGAUCCUACCUUUGAUAACAGUGUGCCCUCAAAGGGUGAAGGCAAGGAGAACUUCUUUGAAGCGUAUAGUCCUGUUUUUGAGAGAAAUGCCAGGUGGUCUUCCAAGAAACAUGUGCCCAAACUGGGAUCAAUGGAUUCCACUUUUGAGGAGGUGGAUAAUUUUUAUUCUUUUUGGUACAACUUUGACUCAUGGAGAGAAUUUUCUUACCUGGAUGAAGAAGAAAAGGAGAAGGCAGAAUGUCGUGAUGAGAGGAGAUGGAUAGAAAAGCAGAACCGUGCAGCCAGAGCAACCAGGAAGAAGGAAGAGAUGAACAGACUACGGACACUUGUUGACACCGCUUACAGCCUUGAUCCCAGAAUAAAGAAGUUCAAAGACGACGAAAAGGCCAGGAAGGAGAAUGAAAAGAAGGCUAAAGCGGAUGCCAAGAGGAAAGAACAGGAGGAGAGGGAACGGGCUCGGCAGGCAGAAUUGGAAGCAGCACGGCUGGCCAAAGAGAAGGAGGAAGAGGAGGCCAAACAGGUCGCCCAGCAGGCCAAGAAGGAGAAGGAGAUCCAAAAGAAGGCAAUCAAGAAAGAAAGACAGAAACUCCGGACAACCUGCAAGAACUGGAACUACUUUGGUGACAAUGAAACAGACAGUGUCAAAAUGAUGGAAGAGGUGGAGAAACUUUGUGACCGCUUGGAGUUGGUGAGUCUUCAAUCCCUAAAUGAGACACUGGCAUCAGGGUCAAAGGAGGAUGCCAAAGUAGCGGUGGAGAAGCAGGUUCAGGAGGUGAACGCCCAGCUGCAGAAGGAGAAGGACGCGGAGGUUCAGGCCAGACAAUCUGCACGCACCGCCGAACAGGCCAGUGGAGGCGGAGGAGGGGCAGGAGGCAAGGGCUGGAACGAGGAGGAGCUCCAGCUGCUCAUCAAGGCGGUCAACCUGUUCCCUGCUGGAACUAAUGCCAGGUGGGAAGUUAUUGCAAACUACAUGAACUUGCACUCCUCCAGUGGCAUCAAAAGGACGGCCAAAGAUGUCAUCAACAAAGCCAAGAAUUUACAAAAGCUUGACCCCCACCAGAAAGAUGAGAUUAACAAGAAGGCCUUUGAAAAGUUCAAGAAGGAGCACGCUGCAGUACCUCCAACAGUGGACAACGCAGUUCCGUCUGAAAGAUUUGACGGGGCAGAGGCUAACACCGCGUCCUGGACCACCGAGGAGCAGAAGUUGCUGGAGCAGGCCUUGAAGACCUACCCCGUCAGCACCACAGAGAGGUGGGAGAAGAUCGCCGCUGCUGUGCCUGGACGCACCAAGAAGGACUGUAUGAAGAGGUAUAAGGAACUGGUGGAGAUGGUCAAAGCCAAGAAGGCAGCCCAGGAACAAGUUGGUGGAAAAAGCAAAAAGUGAAGCACCUCAACAACAAAUAGCCCGUGUUCCUCUUUUAACAUUAUUGUGUUGGUCUUUAUUUUAUAAUAAAAUUAAAAGGAAAAAACACAAA